UGUCCUCUGGAAGUCAACAGUGGAUGGUGUUUUUGUGCUGCAGAUAAUCACUUCCAAGCAAAAAUCAUUCUAGGAAAGAGCAACAGCUUCUGCCUUCUGACAGAUACCAAGCGUGGCCACCAAUUGCUCCGGGUGCUCCUGCCUACAGCUGUCGCAGUAGGGACGGACAAGACACAUGUUUCUUCAUCAGCCAUUGCCAAUCUUUACUCUUCAUGGCUCAUAUUUAUAUGGCUUUCUGAAGGCAUUGUGUUUCAUUCUAAUUGGUUAGUAACUUUCUGCAACUCAGUUCAUUGGUUAGUAGUUGCUCCUGUACGUGCUUGCAAAGACUUUCUUCUCUAAGAGAUGUUUACAUUCUUGUCUCCUAGGAAGAAGAUGUUUCGCACAAUUAUGAGUCCUUCAUUUUCACAGGUGCAAUUCCUUUCUCAUGGGAACUUGUCAGGCUAGCUGUUAGCUGCACCCAGCUGAAGAAGCAGGCCUGAGCCAUGCUUUUACAAGGCCUUUCUUUUGUAAGGAUUUACCCCUAUGAAUCAAAUAGCCAGCUGCAGAAAGGAUCACACAGACACCAACGCACGUUGGCUUUGGCUGCCCUCUGGCACAGAAGUCCCCCGGGGCCACAGCUUUCUGUGGCAGGAGACAGGCACCAGCAUUGGCAGGGCUUGGGGGGCGGCUGGUCUCCUUUGGCAGGGACUCUGCCACACCUGCUGAUGUCAGCGCUCGCCAGGAGUCAGAGCAGCAUUCGUGCUCUGGGCCACACGUCCCAGGGUGUCUGUGUCACACCCCUGCGCGUAUGAGGGCCACCCAGCACCGGGACUGGUCCCAAAGAGGCCCUGGCAGCUUCUGUAGAAGCUCCAGGUGCCCUUCCUGCUUCAGCUCUGUUGGCAGCUGUGGGGGCUCAUUCUGCUGCCCUGAGCAGACAGAGCAGAGGAGCAGCUGCUUGUUGUUUGGGCCGUUCCUGAAGUUCCUGUUGGGUUGUGUCUUCAGCACUUGGGGGAAGGUCUUCCUUGCAAGCUGGGGCAGUUUGGGUGGGCUGGGGGUGUCCCCAGGGCACGUGGAGGUGUGUCCUAGGGCUCUUUGUGACACAGUGCACCAUGGUCACCGUGGAAGGGAAAGGGACUGAGUGCGCAAGGGUGACCCUUUGUGACACGUCGUGACAUGGGUGCUGGCGGUGACACGGCAACGCCUCGGUGCACACAACGGGAGAGGACGGAACGCAGCAGUGCUGUGAGGAGCCCCCACACAGCCAGCUCGUUCCUUGCUGACCCGGAGCUUUUCCAAGGUGUUUUCUGUGCAGUUGACAUCGAGGCCGGACUGCAGGAUUUGGUGACCCGGAGCAUUUCCGAAGCAUCUGCCAUCCCUGCGGCCGGUGCCCUCGAGAACGGACUGCAGGACUUGCUGUCCCGUUUCUUUUCUGAGACUUCUCUCUUGCUGGUGCCCUCGAGGACAGCCUACAGGACUUGGUUUCCUGUAGCUUUCCCAGCCUUCCCGAGGCUCCUCUGUUGCAGGUGCCUUCCAGGCACAACUGCAGCACUUGCUCAUCUGGAGCUCUUCCCAGGCAUCUCUCCUGCAAGCAGUCAUAACACCAGUGACAUGGAGCAGACACCUCCCAGCGUGCCCAAGCUGGCCUGGCUGGAGGAAGAGGAGGAGGCUGGAGCUACCUCAGCACAGCAGCCUGAAGAGCUGGAGCAGUUCCAGCUGCUGCAGGAGGAUGCAGCCAAGGACCGGACACAAGAACAGAAACCCGCCCGUGGCUGCUUCCGCAGAACAGCGCAGAUGAUCUGUGAAUUCAUCACGUGCGUUUGGCAGGAAGAGACCACAGGUGUGGGCACCGGGGUCUUGGCAAACUUUCACCUCUUCAGUGCCGAGACCAGUGCUGCCAUGCUGGAUUUGCUUGUGGAGAAGGGUGUCUCCAAUCCAAAGCAAGUGCCAGCCAUGGUGAGGUACAUCCACCGGUGGCUCACGGCCAACGGGUCUGCUGGGCACAGGCUGGACAAGGCCCUUCUGGAGCUGACCAAGGAAUACCCCUCUGAUGUGCUGAUCACUCUCUUGCGCUGGGCCCCAUCGUGUGACAGAGCUGCCAUGACCAUGUGGGGCACCAUCAUGUCCUCGAGCAGGACUGCGGAGCCGGCGCUGCAGAUCCUCCUCCAUGUGCUGAGCGCCUGGCCAGUGGACAGCGUGUACACCUCCGAUGGGGACAGCACAGGAGUCUUUGCCCUGGCUGCAACCAUGACACUGUGGAGGGUCUUCAAUCUGACCUGGUGCCCCCCUGUAGUGCUGGAGUAUUUCCCCAGUCUCUUUCUGCGUCUGCUCUUCCAAGCUUACAUCAGCACGCUGGAUAUUUCAGAAGAGGUUGAUACCUUCUGGAAGGGAUGCCAGGAGCAACACGGCCUUGCCGCCAACCCCAACAGCUUUGCACUGCAGACCCUGAAGGCCCUGCUCUGCCGAAUGCGCUAUGAGCACGUGGUGGUAGCCAUGGAACGCAAGUGUGCCUGGGACACCCUGCUCUGUGCCGAUAGCCACCACUAUGCAGUGGGUCUGCUGGCCAGGGAGAUGCGCCGUGUCUCCAUCAUCUGGUGUUGCAGCAUCGCAUCCUGCCUCUUUGACCUGCUCAGCCAAGACAUUUCGGACUGGGAACUGCCCGCCCUGGCGUUCCUCGUGGAGGUCCUCGACUGCCUGGACUUGAAUGAAUGCGGUGAAAACGUCCUGCAGAUCAUGACGAGGCACCUGCAGAGCAAGUCCAGGCAGGUGCGUCGUCUGGCGCUCAGAGGCCUCGUGGUGCUCAGCAAGGACCCCUCGAUGAACAAAAGAAUGUACAGCCUGACGGAAAGCCUCGGGAACCUACUGUGGGACGCGGAUGAAGACAUCGUUGAGAUGGCCGUCGCUGUACUCGGCUUUCUGCUCUUGCAGAAAGACCUCGCAAUAGCCAGCCCCGUCGCCCUGCAGCUGGCUGAGGCGCUCUGGCAACUCUUUGACAAUGACAACAGCCUUGUGCAGCUGCUCUCCGUUCGCCUCUUCCAAGAGCUGAUGAAGCUGGUGGUGGCCAAGGGAAAAAAGCCCCUGAAGAAGCGUGUGAGCAAGAGCCUGCUCCCACUCUUCUUCAACUGCCAUGAUGAGAACCAGCGUGUGGCACAGGCCUCUCGGGAAACGCUGCUUUCUGCAGUCAAGUUCCUGAAGAGAAGGGAUCUUCAGCACCUGGUGAAGACGGAUCAGAUGUGGAGCUUUGCCGAGUGCUUGCUGGCAGAGGACAGGAGCCGAGCGGCCGAGCACCUGCGCCUGGCGCUGCCCUACCUGCAGAGCCCGCAGGAGCCCCUGCGAGAGGCGGCCGUCAGGUUCAUCGGGCUCGCCGGGCGCUACCUGAGAGGGAAGCAGCAAGAGUUCCGGAUCAUCUGCAGGGCCCUUCAGGACAUGAUGGAUGACAUCAGCCCUGCCAUCUCAUGCCUGGCACUUCAAACUCUGUACAUCAAUUUAGCUGUACAGAGCAUUCCCUCCUCCCGCCCCCGGGAUAUGCACGAUCAACUCCGCCGGCUCUGGAGGUCAUGGCCUUUCCUGCGUCGCUGUGGCUGGCUGUCCUGCUGCAGCGCUGUGGAGAACUGAUCCGCGAGGCUGCGUCUGCUGGGGCCACCCGAGCCUGCGGGGAACAACUCCCCUCUGCAAGCGCUUCCUUUCACCCCGCUGUAGGAUUAAUAAAUGGCUGUUGUCAUA